GUUGUUUUUCUUGCAAUAAUCCCCCUCAUAUUAUUUUAAAUUUUUUUCUUUUUUUUUUUUACAAAUCGAUCCCCAGCCACAGCGAUCCCCGCUUAAAACUUCGAUGCCAUGGCCUUUCACGUCGCUUGCCCGAUCACUUGUCUUAGGGUUUGCCGGUGCGAGAUCGGGAACGCGAGGGCGGGAGAUGGAGCGCGGUUUUUGGAGGUAUUGGAUGGGAUUGAGGAUUUCUUGAAGGAUCCGUGGGUGGUGAGGGAGAAGGGAAGGGAUGGAGACAAGGGGACCGUGCAGGUGUUGGUGCCGAAGGUGGUGGUUACGGUGGAGGAUGCGUCGGUUUCGGCGAUGGCGAGGAGGGGUGGGGUGCAUCGGCAGGUGGCGGCUGUGAAGUUUGGGGUGGGGGAUUUUGUGCCGAGAUCCGGAAUUGGCUCUAUUGCGAAGGUACCCACAGAAGAUGUUAAUCUUGGUGAAGAAAAUCAAGAUGCUUUGAUACCCAACAUUUUGUGUCACAUGUGCUUUUCUGGGGAAAAUGAUGGCAGUGAGAAAGCUGCAAAGAUGCUUCCCUGCAAACUAUGCAAUAGGAUGUACCACUCAAGUUGCUUGAAAGCUUGGGCUGCUCACCGAGACCUUUUUCACUGGAGUUCUUGGGUUUGCCCAUUCUGUCGUUUUUGUGAGGUUUGCCACAGAGUCGGAGAUCCCAAAAAGUUGAUGUAUUGCAAAAGAUGUGAUGGUGCUUACCACUGCUACUGUCAGCAGCCUCCUCACAAAAAUGCUAGUCAUGGGCCUUAUUUGUGCCCAAAACACACAAGCUGCCACAGUUGUGGGUCAACUGUACCUGGGAAUGGCCUUAGCACAAGGUGGUUCCUUGGGUAUACGUGUUGUGAUGCUUGUGGAAGAUUGUUUACGAAAGGAAAUUAUUGCCCUGUUUGUUUGAAGGUUUACCGAGAUUCAGAAAUGACACCAAUGGUUUGCUGUGAUGUUUGCCAGCAGUGGGUGCACUGUGGAUGCGAUGGGAUCAGUGAUGAGAAGUAUCAGCAGUUCCAAACAGAUGGAAACUUGCAGUACAAAUGUGCCGCAUGUCGAGGAGAUUGUUACCAGGUUAGAGAUAUUGAUGAUGCUGUUCAAGAACUUUGGAGAAGGAAAGAUCAAACCGACUCUGAUCUAAUCGCAAGCUUGAGGGCUGCUGCUGGAUUGCCUUCUCAAGAGGAAAUAUUCUCUAUUUCUCCUUUCUCAGAUGAUGAAGAAACAGGUUCUAUCGUAUUGAAAAAGGAUUCUGGGAGGGCCUUAAAAUUUUCUGUCAAAGGCUUGACUGAUAAUUCUACAAAGAGCUUAAAGGAUUAUGGGAAGAAUAGCUUGAGUAAUUCAUUGUCAAAUAAUUAUUCAAAGGAUGGGUUUCAAUUGCAAUCAGUUGGUAAAUUUGAAGGGUUAUAUAAGAAGGUUGAUAAAUGGAAUAGAAUGAGUACAGUUGAUGGUCUCAGAGAUAGAAAGGUUGAUGAUCAGACCUCAUGUGGCAGCAACAAGUCAGAGAUGUUUUCAUCUCCUCUAACAAUAACCACAGCCAAUGGUAGUGCAGUAAGUAACAACAAUAUGGGUGGCAUGGAAAUGGUGACAAAUAACAUUGGCAAGAUCCCUAAGAUCCAAAUUAAGGCUAGUAAAUCACAAGCAAUACAUAUGAUGGAAGAUUCUGAGAGAAAUUCAAUCAAGAGAGAGAUUGCUAAAGGGACUAAGUUGGUGAUACAUUUAGGUGGAAAAAAUAGAAAUUUGACUUGCUCUCCAAUGUCUGAGCCUUUAAGCUGUCAGCAAGAGAAAGAUUUUGUUCCAUCUGAUGGUACAGGAAAUAGUAUGAAACUUGGUAAAGUUUCUGAUGUGCAGAGGAAAAGCAGAUGCAACAUUGACGAGCGUGAGCUUAAUAAGACAUGCAAAAGCUCCCACAUUAUGAUAAGGAGUGCACCUAUUGACAGUGCUUUAGAAGGAGAAGCCACAUUGAAAAAUGAUGACAUUAUGGUGCACAAGCAAUCUGUUGAGACAUGCUUCGAUUCUCUAAACAAGAAUGAUGAGGUGUCAGACUUACCAUAUGCUUCAAAUUUGUCCAAUAAUCCAAAGCCGUUACUCAAGUUGAAACUCAAGACUCCAUAUUUUGACCAAGAUAGUUCUUGGGUCCCUGAAGGAGUUGAAGAUAAGAAUUGUGUUAAGGGACAAAGAUCGAAACGGAAGAGGUCAUCUAUGGAGAAAAUAAAUAUCUGCGAAGAUGAUCACAAUGUAAAUAUGAAUAUGGAGAAUUCAGCAAAUGAAGUGGAGGCAAAGGCCUUGCAGAAGCUAGAUAAAGGUGCAAUUGGAAAGAGGGUUGAAGGUCAAUCAUCAGUUGGUUCUUGGCAUAAGGGAGUAGCUUCCAAGGUCAUUGAUGGUGCUUCAUCUGUUUCAAUUGAUCUAGAUAAUGGAAGGACCGAGACCUUGGAUCUUGGGAAGGAUGGAAUUCGCCUUAUUUCCAAGAAACAAAAGGGGAGAAGAUCGUAGCAUCAGAAAUUUCAUCAUAUAUCUAAUGACUAUGUAGCCCAAGUUAAUCUUUUCUGCAUUCUUAGGAACUGCUGAUCCUUUUGAGACUACUUAGUUUCAUCAUGUCUGCUAUGGCCUUGGGGUACUUGCAGAUUAAUUGCAUGCAAGCUGAAAAACACCACCCCACCAGUUUUAGACGUAGGAUGGUGCGCCACCCGCCAAUUUUAUACAGAGAGGUAGCUGUUGAUUUUGAAAGUUUUUUAGGUAUUUAUUUGAACUUUUUUUGUACUGGAAGGGAUUUACAUUGUUUCAGAUCUAAUCCAGGCUAGCUAGGUGAAUUAGCAUUGGACACCAAUUGGUAUUAUGCCUUCCUUUGUAACUAUUUUGAGAUUAGAAUUUCAAAAUGUAAAGAAAAAAAAAAAGAUUCAUUUUUUUUUUUACUUA